GAAGGGUCGUUGAUUUGACCUCCACAGCGCUCUGAAAAGCAUCAACAGUUGUGCCAUAUCUGUAGGAGCAAAUUGACGCGUGACUUGUCUGCUCUGCACUGUUGCAUAGCCAAGAUGUGUAGCAGGCGCAUCCUAUCUUGUCUGCUGCUCCUCUUGACUGUUGGCUUUGCCAAGAAAUGUGACAAGGAACCACCUCGGGAGGUUACUGCUGCUCUAAAGACCGCCGGAGACAAUGGCUACAAAAUAAUUUUGGGAGGCGAAACUGACAGCUACACUCCUGGCACUGUGUACACAGUGACCUUAAUGGGUCCACGCAGGCAAUCGCGACUACUUCAGUUCAGGCGGUUCAUGCUGACUGUGGAAGCACUUGGUGCUCCUGCCGCCCCGUCCAAGAGGAGGCUUGAGGCUUGGUCACCUCAAAGGGCUGGUAGAUUCCAACUAUUUGGAGAUUCACUUACAGCUUUCAAUGAAAACUGUGUCAACACUGUCAUGGAAUCAGAGGCUUUUCUGGAAAAGACAGAGGUUCAAGUCAUGUGGACUGCGCCGCCAUCUGGAUCUGGCUGCGUGGUAUUUAGAGCAAUGGUAUUUGAAGAUGAAAAUAAUUGGUUCAUGGAUGAUGGCGGCCUCAGUAUGACUGCCUGUGAGCCAACAACUUUGGAGGAUGGGGCCAAGAGUGGCGAAUGCUGUGCUUGCUCAGAGGCUAAAUAUCAGGUUAUGUUUGAGGGAAUCUGGUCACCAAGCACACACCCAAAAGACUUCCCGACCAAUCUGUGGCUGACACAUUUUAGUGAUGUCAUCGGUGCCUCACACACUCCGUCAUUUUUGGUUUGGGGUGAAGGCCACAAGGCAACUGAUGGCCUUCGUCAGCUUGCCGAAUGGGGGUCUCCUCGCACUCUUGAGGCUGAACUCCGUACAAAGCGUCAGCACAUCAGGACAAUUGUAAAAGCGGCUGGUUUGUGGCACCCCAACGUGAAUGCCAACACAAGUUCGACAUUUAGAGUUGAUAAGAAACACCCAGAAAUCUCUCUUGUUAGCAUGUUGGGACCAUCUCCUGACUGGAUCGUCGGUGUUUCUGGACUGAACCUUUGUCUGCCCAACUGCACCUGGCUAGAGAGCCACAUAGUGGAUCUUCUCCCCUAUGAUGCUGGCACCGACAGUGGAGUCGCAUAUAUGUCACCAAACGAUCCAACCGAGCCCAGACAGCCUGUGAGAAAAAUCACGAGAAACUGGCCGGCCGAUGAAGCAGCGCCCUUUUACGACCCAGAUCCCGCGGCUCCUGCCAUUCCACCAUUGGCUAAGCUGUAUUUCCAAAGGCAGAAUGUGGUGCAGAGGGACUGUGACUAUGUGGUCAAUCCUGAUGACGACGCUGCUUUAGAUGCGGUUGAAGCCACCAACGCAGAAAAUGACGAGGACACCGACAGACAGGAGUGCAGAGUGAGUGACUGGGACGAGUGGUCACCUUGCUCAGUGUCAUGCGGCAAAGGGCUGCGUAUGAGAGGCCGAAAAUACCUGAUGCCCAUGAAAGCUGAGAUGAUGGGCUGCAGUAGGCAAUUGGUUGCUAAGGAGAUGUGUGCUGCUGAGGAGGCCACUUGCCCGGGUGAUGAUGAUGUUUGCGCAGUUUCGGAAUGGGGUCUGUGGUCUGAGUGCUCUGUGAUGUGUGGCCAUGGUUUCAGCAUGAGGAAUCGACAUUUCCUGAACAGAAUGGGCAAGAAGAAAUGUCCUGAUGUUUCUCUUGUUGAAAAACAGGACUGUGUGGGCAUCAAAGGAGCUUACUGUUUAACUGACGUUUCGAAUGAUCUGGACCAAAGUUGCCAUGUGACCAUGUGGAGCCACUGGAGCCCCUGCUCUGUGUCUUGCGGGACGGGUCGCAAAGGACGAUCCCGAUUUUUCCUGGGACCAGGCCACAUUCCACCAAAACACUGCCAGCUGGAGGAAUGGGCCCCCUGUCACCAAAAAGAUUGCCAGCUCAACUUGUCAGAGGCUAAGGAGAUUUGUGCGCUUAAAGCUGAAGCUGGACUUUGCAGAGGAUAUUUUGCACGCUACUUCUUCAACACCAGCAGUGGUGCUUGCGAAGAGUUUGUUUAUGGCGGAUGCCGUGGGAAUGGAAACAACUUUGACAGCUUCGAAAAAUGCGAAGAAGUUUGUGGACCUGUAAAAGCAAUGCUCAAGGGUGCAGAGAGCCACAAAGUACCAACUGAAGAAGAACUAGCGUCUGUUGACAAUGUGACAAUCGAUUGCAUGGUAACCGAGUGGUCAGGUUGGUCAGAAUGCAGCGCGUCAUGUGGUACUGCUCAUCGAGAGCGGACCCGCAUAAUUACGCGUGAAGCCCAAAAUGGUGGCAAGUGGUGCCCCAGAAAGCUAGUAAAGAGGAAGAAAUGUGCUGUGCCGCCAUGCAAAUAGAACAAAAAUUGCCAGCUUUGUCGACAUUCAGAGUUUAUUGCUAAGCUGCUAAAAUACAAAAAAUAAAUUACUUCACUAACUUAAAACUGAAA